UCUUGUAAAGAUGGCGUCAGAGAGAUUCAGAGGAGUGAGAAGUGGACUCUUUCCCGUUAUGAAAUAUCGCUGGUUCAGAGAGCGCAGCCUGAAAUACGACAGCGGGAACGAAAGUUAAUUACUCUCAACAUCAGCCGUGACAUGUUGUUUGUUUCGAUAUGGACUCGGCGCUUUUAUUUUCGAUUCGAAAGCUCGUUAGCUUUAACUUGGAAAACCAGCGUUAGCUCAGCUAGCUGCUCAGAUCUUUUCUUUACGGCAUCUAUGGAAUAAUAGCCUGCGUGGACGCCUGGCUGGAUUUUUCUAUUUGAAGUUUAAAUUUUAACAACCACCCAUGAAUCCCUCCGGUUGAAACGGUAUAUUUCUUUGGAGGGGGACAAUAUAGGACGCCGACGUUCUGGCAUUGCGACGCUGUGUGGAAGCGGAGUAAGUUGCUGGCCGUCAUGUAUUUUCUUACCGGCUGGCCCCGAAACCUGCUCUGUCCGUUGAGGAGCGAAGAGGAGCCUUUCCACAUCCAACCCAGCUCCAACAAGUUUUACUUCGUGGUGCUGUCCGAGACACAGCUUAGCAUCUGGUUCAAUCGGCCCAGCGUUUUGAUUGUCAGCUAUAUUGAGUCUGCAAAGGCGGCUGCCCAGUUUGGCUUCUACCAGAAAGCAGAAUGGAAACCAGACAAUUCCAUGAUAGCAGUGGCUACUGCCAACGGCUAUAUCCUCUUGUUUGAUGUGCUUGGACGAGGGGAUGACAAAUGUCUAUACGAGCCUGUCUACCCAAAAGGAAGUCCUCGUGUGAAGGUGACUCCUGGUUACAAAGAGGAGCAAUGUGCUCCUGCUUUGUCUCUCGAGAUGAAGAAGCCUGUGGAUCUGGAGGCUCCCAUCACCAGUCUGCAGUCCCUGCAAGAGGACUUGCUUGUGUGUACCACUGACGGCUACCUCCACAUCAUGCACUGGGACGGUCUCGGGCACAACGGACGCAAAGCCAUCAGCCUCACUGCAAUCCCAUUCGCACUAGAUCUGCAGUCUGCUCGAGGUGGGCCCUGUCCGGACCUGGACGGAGUGCAUAUCCACUGUAUGGAAUAUUGUGUGACCCUGGAUGGUUUCGCUGUCGUACUAAGUGACGGACGCCUGGGCUUCAUCACACCUCUCAGCAACACCAUCAGUGCAGAUCAGCUGCAGGGCGUCUGGGCAGCAGAUGUGACUGACGGCACCUGUGUGGCUGUCAACAACAAAUACAGACUGAUGGCAUUUGGCUGUGCAAGUGGUGUUGUCCUGGUAUAUAUGAUUGACACCACAACAGGAUCCAUGCAGGUCUCCCAUAAACUGGAGCUCACCCCAAAACACUACCCAGACAUCUAUAACAAGACGGGCCCGGUCAAGUUGAUCUGCUGGUCACCCGACUACAGCGUUGUCAUGGUUACAUGGGAGUGUGGGGGUCUGUCAUUGUGGAGCGUGUUUGGAGCUCACCUCAUCUGCACACUAGGAGAGGACUUUGCGUAUCGUUCUGAUGGUACGAAGAAGGACCCCGUUAAAAUCAGCUCUAUGAGCUGGGGAGCAGAGGGCUACCACCUGUGGGUGCUCCCGAUCAAAAAGGAGAGGAAGUGGCAGGAGGAGCAGCAGGAGAUGGCGAUGGCAGCACCUCCUAACAACUCCCUGCAGGCUGGCAUACUGCAGUUCCACUUCAUUAAGAGUGCUCUCACAGUCAACCCCUGCACGAGUAACCAGGAACAUGUGUUACUCCACGGUGAAGACCGCCUCUACCUGACCUGUGGUGACCCCACGCAGGUCCACAACUCCUCCGACGCACACAGCGCACACAUCCACAUGCACCCACGGGAUGGCAGCCCGCUCCACCAUCCGCCCAGAUCCGAUUCAUCUCUCGCUCAGGGACUCAGCACUUUACUGGGACACAAGCACUGGCACGUGGUCCAGAUUCACAGCACAUACCUAGAAAGUAACUGGCCUAUACGGUUUGCAGCCAUAGACACAGCUGGCCAGUGCAUGGCUGUAGCAGGCAGACGGGGCUUUGCACACUACUCCUUAUUCACGAGGAAAUGGAAACUAUUUGGAAAUAUCACUCAGGAGCAGAACAUGACUGUCACAGGAGGUCUGGCCUGGUGGAAUAACUUUGUGGUGGUAGCCUGUUACAAUUUCAACGACCAGCAAGAGCAGCUGAGGCUCUACAUGCGAUCGUCCAACCUGGACAAUUCCUUUGCUUCAGUCACUAAGCUGCAUUCAGACACUCUGCUGCUCAAUGUCUUCAGAGACAUGAUCAUCAUGUUCAGGGCAGACUGCUCCAUCUGCCUCUACAGUAUAGAAAAGAAAAGUGACGGUCCAAGCCCCUCAGUGAGUGUGGAAUUACUGCAAGAAGUAUCUAUGUCUCGCUACAUCCCUCAUCCUGGUCUUGUGGUUUCUGUCACGCUCACAUCUGUGCGCACCGAGACUGGCAUCACAUUGAAAGCCCCGCAGCAGGCCUGCAUGGCAGAGAGCAUCAUGUUGAAUCUGGCUGGCCAGUUAAUCAUGCUGCAGAGAGAUCGGUCAGGACCACAGGUACGGGAGAAGGAGACACCAGUCAACAACAAGAAGCUGCUACCAUUUUGCCCUCCAGUAGUUCUGGCUCAGUGCGUGGAGAAUGUGUGGAGUACUUGUCGCUCCAACAAGAAGAAACGCCACCUGCUGGAGGCCCUGUGGUUAUCCUGUGGUGAGGCAGGCAUGAAGGUCUGGCUGCCACUGUUUCCCCGUGACCACCGCAAACCCCACUCCUUCCUCUCCAGACGCAUAAUGCUGCCCUUCCACAUAAACAUUUACCCUCUCGCCGUGCUGUUUGAAGACGCCCUGGUACUCGGAGCUACCAAUGAGACUGUGCUCUAUGAUGGGUUACACGGAUCCUCAGAACCACUGGAGGCACUGUUCCCUUAUUGUACCGUGGAGAGGACCUCUCAAAUCUACCUCCAUCAUAUCCUGAGGCAAUUGUUAGUUCGCAACCUGGGGGAGCAGGCUUUGAUGUUGGCACAGUCAUGUGCCUCCCUCCCUUAUUUCCCUCAUGUCAUGGAGCUAAUGGUACAUGUGGUACUGGAAGAAGAGGCAACAUCACGGGAACCCAUCCCAGACCCUCUGCUGCCUACCGUAGCCAAGUUCAUCACAGAGUUCCCCCUCUUCCUCCAGACCAUUGUCCACUGUGCCAGGAAGACAGAGUACGCCCUGUGGAACUACCUGUUUGCUGCUGUGGGGAACCCGAAGGAUCUGUUUGAGGAGUGCCUCAUGGCUCAAGAUCUGGACACAGCAGCUUCCUAUCUGAUUAUACUGCAGAACAUGGAGGUGCCGUCGGUAAGCCGACAGCACGCCACUCUGCUCUUUAAUACGGCUCUGGAGCAGGGCAAGUGGGACCUCUGCCGCCACAUGAUCCGUUUCCUCAGAGCUAUUGGCUCUGGGGAGACGGAGACUCCACCGCCAACACCAACGACUCAGGAACCGAGCUCCACCGGCGGCUUUGAGUUCUUCAGAAAUCGCAGCAUCAGCUUGUCUCAGUCAGCUGACUCCAUUGCGACGGGCAAGUUCAACUUACAGAAGACCUUCAGCAUGCCCAGUGGACCCUCUGCUAAAAGUCGAGAUGCAGAGUGUGCCGAGAACAUGUAUAUCGACAUGAUGCUGUGGCGUCACGCCCGACACCUCCUGGAGCAGGUGCGCCUUCGCGACCUCGGAUGUUUUUCUGCACAGCUGGGCUUUGAACUCAUCAGCUGGUUGUGCCGGGAGAGAAACCGCGUAGCCCGUGUGGAGGAUUUUGUCACAGCCUUGAAGACACUCCAUAAGGAUUUUCUGUGGCCUUUUCCUGUCAUUCCCAUGGGAAGCUUCAGCUCACCGCUUAAGAACGGACAGUGUCGUACAGUGCUAAGCACACGUCUGCUGAAGUCACAAUCUGCUGACAGCCUGCUCAACAGCGACAUGGACACAGCGCCCCCCCAGGCCACUUCCAGCAGCCACAUGUGGCUGGACGGGUUGGGGCUCAGCACCAAGGAUGUGGAAUCUGCUUCGUCUUCUCACUCACACCAGCACACACCACAGACUCAAGACGCCUUCCUGUCACUGCUGACCAAUAAAGUGGAAGAGUACAGUGUGGGCUCAGCCACAGACCUGACAGAGACCAGCUCAGUGGUGGACGGUGAUUGGACAAUGGUGGAUGAGAACUCAUCCACUCUGAGUCUUAGUCAGGCUGAGCUGGAGCACAUCUCCAUGGAACUCGCCAACAAAGGGCCGCACAAGUCCCAGGUGCAGCUCAGGUACCUGCUCCAUGUCUUCAUGGAGGCAGGCUGUCUCGAGUGGUGUGUCAUCAUUGGUUUGAUUCUCCGGGAUGCCAGUGUCAUCAAAAAGGUGAUCGGCUUCCUGAACAACCCAGAGGUUCCUGCAGAAACUGUGCAAAGUGUUCGAGAUGGCUUAUUGGCUGUCAAUGCGUGGGCGUCUGUUGACUGCUUGGGAUACACACCGUUUCUGAGCCUGAUUCAGCCACAGCUGCAGCAGCUGAUGGAGUCUGUGGUGGAACAGGUACAGCCAGAGGCUUUCCAGCCCAGCGGACAAAACGCUAAACACUGUGGCUCUGAAGGCUUGGGAGGUGCUGCGUUAUCGCGGGCCGAGGAGAGCAGAGGAGCUGCUGCGCCGCUGAGUUUGGCCUCCCUGGAAUCUGCCAGCAGCUUUUCUCGGCCGCCCUCUGAGGACUGUCCUCCUGUGCAGACGGAGGACCAGGGGGAGGAAGAGGGAACCUAUGACUGUAUCUUGUCCUAAACAGUGUUGUCACAUCCUGUUCUCUAAGCUUUGACCUUUGGAGCCUUGGAGGAGGAGGAGGAAGUGGACUUUGCGUGUGCACCGAAAGCCCCUCCCCUGGCAGUUCUCUCUCUGUCAGUAUUGUCUCCUGUUUAGAGCGUGUGGACACCAAGUGGUGACUCGACUGGCACAAAGACGACUCGGCACAACCGUUUAAGAAGUCUGCUCAAAAACGGCGCCAGAGUUUCUGUUCCAGUGCACGUUUUAUUUGGCACAGUUUCCUCCCAGACAUCCGGCCUGAAAGCACCAUGUAUCGUCUGGUCACGUGUCAUCAUACAGACAUAAAAAUGUCUCGCUGCUUCGCUGAGAACAAACGUCGACAUCCUGCAGUUGGUGUGUGCACACCAGGUGUUUCAUACUUUUCAUACCUCAUGAUAAGAUUAUUUUUCUAUCACAUGUGCUUUGACCCUCCCUGUAAAAACCAGUCAUGGUAUGAAUUCUAUGUAAUUCUUGAGAAAUGACAACUUUAAGCUUUUCAUGUGAGAAAAGUGCAGAUUAAUUUCAAACCACUGAUCACAUCCUCAGAGGCUUUAAAAACUUCCCUGAAGUCUAAGCUACCAUUAAGUGUGGUUUUGAUUUUUCGAUGCUAAGUGGGAGUAGAUCAGUGUGCACAUCUCAUGAGGAGUGCACAAAAAAAGAUGCCAGACCAGUAACAGUCCAGGAUUACAUCCCUUUUACACCAGUCAUUUAGUUUGUAGUGAAAAAUCCUCAUAUCAGGUUCACGUCUACAGAGUACUGGAUGCAACUGCUGAAGCACAGAGAUUUAAUGUUUAAAUCACAUGAUUUGUUUCCCUUUAAAUGGAUAUUUAUUUUUAAUCUUUGGCUUUCACGAUGGCGCCCCCUGCUGUUUCAUAGGGCAGUCAGAAAGCAAUCGGUUUUUUUUUUUAAAAAGAAACUUCACUUGCAGCCAAUCACAUAAUUUCACACUAAAUUGUACUUCCAUCCCAUUCUCUGAUUGGUUAAUGGUGAUGCUAACAGCUGUGGCGGCGCUGCUGAUGUUACAAGAACUAGUUAGGAACAAAUUUAGUUUUAUGAUCUCGUGUUAAAAAUAAAAGUGGUAACUGCUGCCAAUUUCCAUCAUCCAGGCAUCGUGAAAAUAAUUCUAUUUGAAAGAGGGAGGCCCAGCAGUCCUUAAAUCUGUGCUCAAGUGGAAGUGCGGGCGCUGUUUCCCCCAAAACCCACAAAAUGUGCAUUUCAGUGGGUGAGAGAAAUGCAAAGGACAAGGGACAAGUUUGCCUUUUUUCCAACCUUAAUAUGACUAAGAUGGUAAAAAGCUGAACUUUUCUUUUUAAAGUGAAAUUAAAUGAUCCAUGGUCCCAAAUCUCACAUCUGAACCUGAUGUAAUUUAUUAUUAUUUAAGAUAACUAUGCGAACAAUCCAAACAUUACUUACCUUCUUGGCUAUACAUGUUACACUAUCUGACUGACACACCCAUUUAGCUUCUUGUUACCAAAUGGCCGUUGAUCGCCGCCUUUGGGCACGACGCUUAGAUCAAAUAUUUAUUGUUGCUUAUUUAUUAUGGAGAAGGCUCCGCCCACUCCCUAUAGAAAUGCAAACCAUUUACCAUUCAACUGAGGGCAACUUCUUGUACACUCAGCACCAAUUCAGCAGAUGCUGAGAUUAGUUUUAAAAAAUUUUCACCAUGUUCAAACCAGCUAUGGCAUUAAGAAAACCCGCGGACCAGCGCCAAGCUCUCUGCUAAUUCACAUCAGAGCCAGGCCGAGUCGUUAUUCUGGAAAAUUGUACUCAAUUCAACCGGGGCGAGAGCUGCUUCACAGCUCAACAAAUGCCAACUCAAAAUUUUUGUUGCAUUCAGAACCAAACUAGCAAGUUUUUUUUUUUUUUUAAAGAUAUGGCAGACAGGUUUUUGUUAAUACCAAAAUCAACUCUUUUUUUUAAUCAUAUGUUUUCCCAACCACUUGUCCAAAACCCAAAGAUAUUCAAACUACAUGUGUGUGAAGCAAAGCAGCAAAUAUUCCCACCUCAAAAACUAGAACCAGAGAAUUUUUUAUUAAAUUAUUUCAAAGGCUGUUUCAUCUGGAGUCAAACUCUUUAGGCAGUAUUUUAUGUACACGUGCACACAGGUGUUUCCUCUCGACCUUUUUCGUCUCCAGUUUAGUUUGGUGUCUGUACCAUUUUAAAGCGAGGAGACUGUUGCUGUGGCGACGCUCACAUUGCAUCCUUGACGGUCUGAGGAUUUGAACAUUUCAUUCACCCCUGCAGUUUGUCGAGUGGACGGCAGCGCAUGCUGCUGUUUCUACCACACGGUAUUCAAAGCCAGUUGAAAUGUGGAGUUUUAUUGUAUUAACAAUCAUCCUUAUUUAUUGGCAUUAUAACUGAGUGAUAGAGUUCUUAUGACUGAUGAUCGUCUCCUGCGGCUAAUCAAGUUGUGCUUGAAGCACUAAACAGUUUAUCAGAUCAGUAUUAUGUUGUGCAAUGUAAUGAAACAUUACCCAGCUUUUCAUAUGUAUAUCUAAAUAUAUAUAUAUAUAUGCAUUUCUUUGUCAUUUUUUCCUACGUUGCUUCUGUCUGUUGCAGACCAAAAUCAUGCUUGUGUGGAAAUGUUUUUGCUUUUCUAUCCUGUGUUUUCAAUCUUCAUAAUGGGGCAAAAAAACAACAAAAAAAGGGUAUGCAGCAGUGACGUUUUAAACCAGCCUGCAGCUUCACGCCGCUGCUCCGCUUUCAGCUGAACUCGACUUGAAAACGGUAAUUUGACGAACCAAAGACUUCAGAGGCCUUCUGUUCUCACCCUCUGCCAGAUGAUGGAGCACUCGUGCAUGACUCUUGAGGGAACUAAUACUCACGCACACCCACGUUGCAGGCGUAGACGACUUCCUGCAGAAAUGAAUCGGGUGGCAAUUUUGUGGUUUCAUUCUGAGUGGCUGUGAAGCUGCUCUCCUCGAGGACUGUUUUUAUGGGGUUUUUUUUGGGGGGGGGGGGGGGAGAUCGCUCCUUCCCCUUGUGUGUACAGUUUGAAAGUAUUGGUCACUUCCUGACGUCAAAAACAUUUUCUUGGCCAGGAGCAGCUGCUCUCCUCAAUGCAGUGUACAGAUUCUUUUCCAAACACUUUUUCUACUCAUGUUUGCUUUUAUACUUAAUUCUUCCCCCCUUGUACAUCAACACCAAUAAAUUAUUUUGUAAAAA